AUGUCUACAGCAGACGCUGAGAGAGCUCGUGCCACGGAGCAGACCCCUCUGCUUCGUGAGGCUGACCCCGCUACUGGGGGCCCGAACGGCCAGGAGCCCGACGAAAUCAGCACCAAAGAGCUGGUCAUCACCCUGGGAAGCAUCUGGCUAGGAGUAUUCCUUGCUGCUCUUGAUUCAACGAUUGUCGCGACCCUUUCAGCACCUAUCUCCUCCUCCUUUAAUUCCUUCUCACUGCUAUCAUGGCUGGCCACUUCGUACCUGAUCUCAAAUGCCGCUUGUCAACCUCUCAGCGGCCGAUUGACCGAUAUAUACUCGCGUCGCUGGGGGUUGGUGUUUUCCAACGUCUUCUUCGCCAUCGGCAACUUGAUCUGCGGCUUGGCGAACACCCAGUGGGCUAUUAUUUUGGGACGCGUGGUUGCUGGGGUUGGUGGAGGUGGUCUAACCGCUAUUUCAACCUUCGUGACUUCCGAUCUGGUGCCUCUUCGAAAAAGAGGCAUCUGGCAAGGUAUCGGUAAUAUCUGUUUUGGGGCUGGAAUGGGCCUUGGUGGGGUCUUCGGCGGAUGGAUUAACGAUACGCUUGGAUGGCGAUGGGCCUUUUUGAUUCAGAUACCGUUCCUGGUGGUUUCAACUUUCCUUGUCAUGUUGAAAGUGAGAAUCCCUGUGAAAGAGACAGAUGAGGCGCGUAUCAAGCGUGUUGAUUUCCUGGGUGCCAUUACUCUGGUUCUCACACUGGUUACACUACUACUCGGACUGAACACCGGAGGUAAUCAGGUGCCAUGGUCACACCCGCUUGUCCUCGCGUCAUUGCUACUGUCCGCGGUAUUUCUCGGCAUCUUCGUCUACGUCGAGGCUCGUGUCGCGUCCGAACCUGUCAUCCCCGUGAAGCUUUUGCUGGAUCGGACUGUCGCUUCAGCAUGCUUAACUAAUUGGUUCACCACCAUGGCAACGUACGGUCUUCUUUUCUACCUGCCUCUCUUCUUCCAAGUGCAAGGCCUCUCAGCUACCGCGGCCGGUGUACGGUUGAUUCCGCAGGCGAUCGGUACAUCUGUCGGAUCGCUUGGUAGCGGCAUCAUCAUGCGCGCCAAGGGCCGCUACAUGACCCUCAACUAUAUGGUCAUGGCUCUGCAGGUGGUAGCGGUUGGGCUUAUCUCUACAUUGAAUCUAAGCACACCUGCAUGGCUGCCCUUCUUCUAUUUCUUUUUAGCCGGAGCCGCCUAUGGCAGCAUGCUCACUGUGACUCUGGUGGCACUGAUCUCGGCUGUGGACCAUCAACAUCAUGCGGUCGUGACAUCGGCUUCCUAUGCUUUCCGUAGCACUGGAAGUACUAUCGGCAUCACCAUUGCUUCGGCGGUAUUCCAGAACACGCUGAAGACCGGGCUCUGGGCCCGCUUUGGCGGGCGCAAGCAUGCGGCGGAGAUCAUCUCACGUAUUCGAGAUAGCCUGGACGAGAUUAAGAACCUCCCCGCAGACUGGAAACCCGGCGUGCUGGACGCGUACAUGGUCUCUCUGCGCGGCGUCUUCCUGACGCUCCUGGGUUUGACGGCUCUAGGAGCACUGGCCAGCAUUGCGAUGCGAGAGCACAAACUGCAUAACAAUAUGUCUCGGCGAUGA